UGGGCGUGGCCAGCGCGCGGGCGGGGGACGGAACAUGUCUCCCGCCGCAGGAAGAUGAGGCAGCGGUGGCGCCCGCGGACGUAGCGGGCCGGACAGAGCCGACCGGACGCGGCAACCGGCACCGCGUACUCUCCGUACGCCUCCUCCUCCAGUGCCCCGACCGCACACGGGCACGCGGGGAGGGUCCCAGGCCACGCGCCGCCAACGCGCGACCCUCGGGGUCGGCGGGCACCCCUUUGUCGGGGCGGGGGGGCCGUACGUGCGCCGCUUCCCGUGAGCUGCGGGCCGGUCCGCGCUGAGCAGCAGGGCCAUCUCUAGGACUGAGGUACCCACCUUGGCCCCUGAGCCCACCAUUGCAGCUGGAGAAUGAACCAGCCGCAGAGGAUGCCACCGGUGGGCACCGACAAAGAGCUCAGUGACCUCCUGGACUUCAGCAUGAUGUUUCCGCUGCCAGUGGCCAAUGGGAAAGGCCGGCCCACCUCCCUGGCUGGCACCCAGUUUGGAGGCUCAGGUCUGGAGGACCGGCCCAGCUCAGGCUCUUGGGGCACUGGCGACCAGAACAGCUCCUCCUUCGACCCCAGCCGGACCUACGGUGAAAGUGCCCACUUCAGUGAGUCCCAUGGCAGCCUCUCUUCAUCUACAUUCCUGGGAGCGGGACUUGGAGGCAAGGGUGGCGAGCGGAGCACAUAUACUGCCUUCGGGAGAGAUGCAAGUGUUGGGGGCUUGACUCAGGCUGGCUUCCUGCCCAGUGAGCUGGCCCUCAGCAGCCCCGGGCCACUGUCCCCCUCAGGCGUCAAGAGUGGAUCCCAAUAUUACUCUUCCUACCCCAGCCAUGCUCGGCGGAGAGCUGCGGACAGCAGCCUUGAUACGCAGCCCAAGAAAGUCCGGAAGGUGCCGCCAGGUCUUCCAUCCUCGGUGUACCCACCCAGCUCAGGUGAUGACUACGGCAGGGAUACCACCCCCUACCCAUCUGCCAAGACCCCCAGCAGCACCUACCCGGCACCCUUCUACAUGGCAGAUGGCAGCCUGCACCCCUCAGCCGAGCUCUGGAGCCCCCCAGGGCAGGCGGGUUUCGGGCCCAUGCUGGGUGGGAGCUCAUCUCCCCUGCCCCUCCCACCAGGUGGCGGCAGCUCCGUGGGCAGUGGUAGUGGCGGUGGGUUUGGCGGCCUGCACCAGCACGAGCGCAUGGGCUACCAACUGCACAGUGCGGAGGUGAAUGGUGGGCUCCCAGCUGUGUCCACUUUCUCAGCCCCCACAGCCACCUAUGGCAGCGUUGCCAGCCACACUCCUCCUGUCAGUGGGGCCGAAAGUCUCAUGGGCUCCCGAGGGACCACAGCUGGCAGUUCUGGGGACGCCCUUGGGAAGGCGCUGGCCUCGAUCUACUCUCCGGAUCACUCAAGCAAUAACUUCUCGUCUAGCCCUUCGACCCCCGUGGGUUCCCCACAGGGCCUGGCAGGGUCAUCGCAGUGGCCCCGAGCAGGAGCCCCCGGUGCCUUAUCUCCCAACUAUGAUGGAGGUCUCCAUAGCCUGCAGAACAAGAUGGAAGACCACCUGGAUGAGGCCAUCCACGUGCUCCGUAGCCACGCCGUGGGUACCUCGGGUGACGUGCACGGGUUACUACCCAGCCAUGGAACACUGGCCUCAGGCUUUGCCGGCCCUAUCAUGCCACUGGGUGGGCGGCACACCAGCUUGGUUGGAGGCAGCCAUUCCGAGGAUGGCCUUUCGGGCAGUGGCAGCCUCAUGCACAACCAUGUGGCCCUCCCCAACCAGCCCAGCGCCCUCCCCGACCUCUCUCGGCCACCUGACUCCUACAGUGGACUUGGUCACAGGGGCACCGCCUCAGGUACCAGUGAGAUCAAGCGGGAGGAGAAGGAGGAUGAGGAGAAUGUGUCAGUGGCCGACAACUCAGAGGAGGAGAAGAAGGAGCUGAAGGCCCCCAGGAUCCGGACCAGCCCGGAGGAGGACGAGGACGACCUUCUCCCCCCAGAGCAGAAGGCUGAGCGGGAGAAGGAGCGCCGGGUGGCCAAUAACGCACGAGAGCGGCUGCGGGUCCGAGACAUCAAUGAGGCCUUUAAGGAGCUGGGGCGCAUGUGCCAGCUGCACCUCAACAGUGAGAAGCCCCAGACCAAACUGCUCAUCCUGCACCAGGCCGUGUCGGUCAUCCUGAAUCUGGAGCAGCAGGUGCGAGCACUGUCGCUUGUACUGGAGCUGGGGCUCUGGCCCACCCUGCACUGUCCCCUCAGCUCUCAGGUUUCCGCAUCUGCACUUGGUGUGGGCAUCAUGCCGUGUGUGUCCCCUGCAUCCUCUUCUCUGCUCUCUGACUUCUGCGCUCUUCCCCCACCCAGCCUGUCCGUCUCUGCUUCCACCGGCAGCCCCUCCUUACCUCGCACUUGCUGCCCAAGCACCGGAUGGCUAGUAGCGACCUCAGGCCCUUUCUUCCCUCAAAGCCACCUGUGGAGACUUGAGGGAUGAAAGGGGACCGAGGAGCACCAGCCUCUGGGCCUGGCUGUCAGUUUGGUCUGCGCGCUUGUCCUGGGCUCCGGGGCCAGCAGGCAGGGUGAGGGCAACAGCCCCCCAGCACAGGAGCAGGACAGGGCACCGGAGGUCCAGGUUCCUGCAUCUCGGGCACACACCAUGUGCCGGGCCUUCAUUUGUCUUCAGCUGAGUGUGGCAGGUGUCCUGAUUUCAGUUAGCCCCAGUCCUUCCCAGAAAGAUACAGGCACAGAGUGAGGUCACUUAGCAAAGCCACAUGGCCACCAGCUCCUCGGGCCUGGGCUGAGUGUAGACCACUGGGUGGGCAGGUGUCUGUGCUCCCAUUCUAGAUUCUUAUGUGGGCAAUGGGCUCAACUCGGUGCCUGGCACACACAGUGCUCCAUAAAUUGGAGCCACCACUGAGGUCCUAAGAGCGGAGGCCCCAGGCCCAGGGAGCUAACUCUCCCACCAGAGUCGGACCUAUGGGCAGGGUUCAUGGUGGGCACUCCAGGGCCAGCUGUCAGGGCAGCCAGAGUCUAGUGCGGAGGUCUUGGAGGGUGUGAACUGGUUGGCUCCUUGUGGGACUGAGUGUCCUGAACCAUUCCCCAGCUCUAGAGGUCUCCCCAGGCCUUUGCCUACUGUAGCAGUCUCCUGAUCCCCUCCCACCCGGCUUCUCAAGCCAGGCAGAACCAGCCCUCCCUCACCCAGGAGGUGACUGCUCUGAAUGGGGAAGGUCGUCAUCCCAGGAGGGGCACCUGGCCUAUCCUGGGGUAUGUGGGAUGGGCAAGCGGUAGAAGGAAAUCAAGGCCCACCUCCAUUCCCAUGGAGCCUCCUGGGGACAGCUGGGCUUUGGCCAUGUCUCUUGAGCAUGACCACACACACACAGCCUUGCCUGGAACUGGUCACAGGCACACUGCUUAUGGUUUCCAGUCCAGGAACACACUUUCAUGGACAUGAGCAUGCACACACCAGGCACACCCACUUACCCUAUGGUGUCCACAGACCUGCCCCUGCACUGCUGUGUACACGCCCCCACAGACACAAACACAGAGCCAAUGGGUGCCCUCUCCACAACCUGGCCCUGCUCACCCACCUGCCCACUGUUCAGCCAACCCCUGCCCCCGCACAUAACUAACAGAGGCCCUGGUGCU